AAAUUGUAGCCUUAUACGUUCCUUUAGUCAAUGCUGUAAAUAUAAUAGCUAGAGAAAUUAAUCAUAUUUAUGAGAAUGCAGAAUGUAAUAAAGAAAUUUGUUUAAUUAUGACGAAUCGAGUGAAGACAGCUGAAUAUGCUAUAGAAAUGAUGAUGAGAAAUAUAGAAGAUAAUCAAGAAAAUAUUCGUAAAAAAGAAUAUUAUUUAGCUUUUCAAAGUUUUAUAAAUGUUUUACAAAAAGUCAAAGAUUAUACCAAAAAUGUGGCAAAGCUUAAAGGAUAUAAAAAAUUUCUUAGUGCAAAUGAUGUUAGAAUUAGAUAUGAAAAAUUAACUGAUGAAUAUAAUAAGUGUAUGGGUGAUUUACAAUUUACUUUAGCCGUUGUUAAUGAAACUCAAAGAAAUAGGGAUUCGGCAAAGGUUACAAAAGCUCUAGCCGACGUUCAAGCUAAAAUCGAUAUGAUAGCUCAAGAGAUAGCUAUCAUAAAAUCUCAAAACUCAAAUGAUGUCCAUGCUCAUAACAUCAAUCCAAAUGAACUGAGUGAGCCACAUCAAACUUCAAAGUCCGAUAUUCGUGGUUCAGAUCAACUUCCUAUUACGAGAAAGUUUUAUAAAGGUGGUGUUGAAGUUGCAUGUAAACCCAUUAGAGAUCCUAAUAAAAAACUUGAAGCAGAAUUAGCAAUACUUAAAAAAUUAGGUGAAUCGCCACACAUUCUUCGUUUUUAUGGUCUUUCAAACUAUGAUAAUCAUAAAGUUAUGAUCUUUGAUUGGGCUAAAUAUGGAAAUUUAAAAGAACUUUAUAAUAUAUAUAAGAUUCCUUGGCCUAGGAAAGCACAAAUCAUCCGUGAUAUCUGUCGUGGUAUAGUAUUUUUACGUAGAGUAAAUGUUCUUCAUCAUGAUAUUAGAUGUGAAAAUAUUUUUGUACGAGAUAAUUUGGAUCCAAAAAUUGGAAAUUUUAGAUAUGCUCGUGAUGCUGACGAUAUUACUACGAAUCUUUCGGGUUUAGUAACUGAUAUUCUUCGCUGGAUGUCUCCUGAAUUGAUCAAAAAAUAUAAACAAAACAAAUAUGAAGAAAAAGUAUAUACAUUUAAUUGUGAAAUAUUCAGUUUUGGAAUGCUUAUUUGGGAACUUUGUUAUGAAAAAUUGCCUUACAUAGAUUAUGACGCUGUCACAAUAUCAGACCAUGUUUUAAUUGGUAAACGAGAAAAACUUUUGCUUGGAAGAUUUAGAAAUCCCGUUGAUAAGGAAAUUCAAAAAGAAUUUAUUGAAGUUAUUGAUAAAACAUGGCAUCAUGUACCACAUCAACGAAUAGCUCUUGCGAAUUUACACAAUAGACUUGAAGCAUUAGCUGUAAACUAUCCAACCUCUCCAACAGAAAAACUUUUACAAGAUAAAACUAAUAGUUUUGAUAAAACAAUGGGAGAAGAAGGUCCAUCUGUUAGAUUUGAAGUGCCUGUAACACCUCUUGAAAAAGGCAUUGAAUUUCAUCAAGCUAAAAAUUAUAAAAGUGCUUGGAAAUGUUUCGAAGAAAAUGCUAAUCUUGAAGCUGCCGAUAAUAAUCAUACUAUUGCUCAAGUCCGAUAUGCUGUUGCUUUACUUUCUAAUCUUAGUAAAGAUGAUGAUGAAGCUACAAAAGAGGAUAAUCGUAAUCAAAUUUUACAUUAUUUUAAAUUAGCCGCUGAAAAGAAAAAUGCUGAUGCAAUGUAUUAUCUGGGUGAUAUUUAUGUUCAUGGUAAAUUUAAAGUGCAACAGAAUAAUGAUAAUAGGGAGCUUGGGAUGAAGUAUCUUAAAUUAGCUUCUGAUAGUAAUCAUGAAAAUGCCAUUAAAUUGUUAAGACAAUUAAGUAUAAAAAAAUAA